AUGGAUGUCAACGUCGGCACAGAGAAGUAUCCACAGGAGAGCGAGUUCUACAAAUUCAUCUCCGCCCAUGGUGGUACUAGUAACGCCCGGACAUACAGCGAUCACACAAGUUAUCACUUCGAUAUAAAGCCGGAUCAACUGCAGGAAGCACUCGAUCGUUUUGCACAAUUCUUCAUAGCUCCGAAAUUUGCUGAGACUGCGACUGAAAGAGAGGUGCAAACUAUUGAGUCAGAACUCUCGAAGUAUCUCAACGAUGACACUUGGCGCAUUUUACAAGUGAUGCGAUAUCUUUCCAAGCCAGGUCACGAUUAUGGGAAAUUUAAUAUAGGCUGCAAG